AUUAAUAACUACGAGAAUUGAGUCACCCACCGGCACGCUGGACUCACCGAUAUUGCCAUAGACUUUUGGAGAUAUCUCCAUCUCACAUGGGAUUCAUACGAUAGAUCCAACGCUGUAGAUUCCAUCUACGAGGUUCUUGUUUCACAGGAAUUGUCGCAUUUCCCCCAAUUGCCCCGCCAACAUCGGAAUCAUGGCGUCACAAAAUUUUCCAUACCACACUGUGCCAGGUUCCGUGGCGCUAUCAGAAUUCCGCGCCGCCAGACUGGCAACAUCGCUUGGGGCGGAGGAGGUCAAGGCAUUAUGGGUGCAUUUCAUCGAGCCAUUUCAGAAAUCCGGGGACGAGGAGACGAACGUCCUGGGUUCGCUGUUGGAGUACGGCGAUGCGUUCGGCGAGCAGGACAGCCUCUCCCGGGCGGCGUCGAACGCCAUCACAAGAGGAGAAAAACCCAACACGUCGACGAUCUCGUUAUUUUUCGUCGCUCCGCGCCCGGGAACCAUCUCGCCAUGGAGCUCGAAGGCCACGAACAUUGCGCAUGUCUGCACAUUGGACCGUUCCAUCAAGCGCAUAGAACGAGGGAUGGUCAUUGCGGCUCGGUUUAAGGAACCGCUGGACGAGAUCUCGAUUCCGCAUGCGGAUGAACUACAUGAUCGAAUGACGCAGACCAUCAGCCGGACCAUGCCCGAUCUUUCGAUGAUGUUUGGGGAGCAUGAACCGGGCCAGCUGGAAACCGUUCCCAUCCUUAAUCAGGGGGAAUCGUCCAGAGAAGCGUUACAGCGUGCAAAUCGGGAGCUAGGGUUAGCUCUGGAUUCAAGCGAGGUUGAUUAUCUCAUCGACGCGUAUCAAAAUCAGUUGAAGAGAGACCCGACAGACGUGGAGUUGUUCAUGUUCGCCCAGGUCAACUCCGAGCACUGUCGCCACAAGCAAUUCAACGCCGACUGGACCAUCGACGGGCUUCGAAAAGAGCGCAGUUUAUUCGGCAUGAUCAAGAACACGUACCUGAAGAACCCCGGCUAUGUCGUGAGCGCAUAUAGCGACAAUGCGGCCGUGUUCGAGGGGCAGUCGGCCGUCCACUGGGCCCCGGAAUACAGCACGGGGAACUGGAAGGACACGAAAGAGGUGGUCCACUAUCUGGGGAAGGUCGAGACGCACAAUCAUCCGACUGCUGUCUCACCAUUCCCUGGAGCCGCGACUGGAGCUGGUGGCGAGAUUCGCGAUGAAGGUGCUGUUGGACGGGGCUCGAAACCAAAGGCUGGCCUGUCCGGCUUCACCGUAUCGGACCUGUUGAUCUCCGAUUUCCGUCAACCCUGGGAACUUGACGUCGGCAAACCAGCCCAUAUCGCAAGCAGCCUGGAUAUCAUGAUCGAGGCUCCGAUCGGCAGUGCAUCUUACAACAACGAAUUUGGCCGCCCGUGCACCGCUGGGUACUUCCGGACAUUCCUUGCGGAGGUCGACAACGAGCUUCGGGGAUUUCACAAGCCUAUCAUGAUUGCCGGAGGUGUGGGCACUGUUCGUCCCAACGAUGCGCUCAAGGAAAAGGGCUUGGUGAAAUCGGGGGAUAAAGUCAUUGUAUUAGGUGGACCUGCCAUGCUUAUUGGACUCGGUGGAGGCGCUGCAUCGAGUGUUCAGUCUGGUGAAGGGAAGGUGGAACUGGAUUUUGCGAGUGUGCAGCGGGGGAACGCCGAAGUCCAAAGGAGGGCCCAAGAGGUGAUCAACACUUGCACAGCUCUGGGAAAGCGAAACCCGAUUCAGUCGAUUCAUGACGUUGGUGCUGGGGGAUUAUCGAACGCUCUGCCGGAACUCGUCCACGAUGCCGGAUUCGGAGCGGUUUUCGAGCUUCGAGAGGUUGACAGUGCGGAUAAGAGCAUGAGCCCCUUGCAGAUCUGGUGCUGCGAAGCGCAGGAGAGAUAUGUUAUGGCCAUCUCGGAAGAAGGACUCUCGCAGUUCCAAGCGAUAUGCAAACGAGAGCGAUGCGGAUUUUCCGUGGUUGGAGUUGCCAAAGGAUGGGAAGCGCAGCAGGACUCCCGGUUGAUCCUCGUGGACCGCGAUUCGCCAGAGAACCCAUAUCCGAUCGACUUGCCGAUGUCGACGUUGUUCGGAAAACCUCCCAAGAUGACUCGUAUUGUCAAGUCUCGAAAGUUGAAUCUCCCUGCUAUCGACCGGUCGCUUCAGAGCUAUCUCCCUGGACUGAACGACACUGAAAUCCUUCACGAGGCGGUGAAUCGAGUCCUUGCACUGCCGUGCGUUGGAUCGAAGUCGUUUUUGAUCACCAUCGGAGACCGGACCGUCGGUGGAUUGACCGUUCGAGAGCAAAUGGUCGGCAAAUGGCAGACUCCGGUGGCAGAUGUCUCGGUCACAGCGGCGUCGCUCCUUUCGGGUGUCAAAUGCGGCGAGGCAAUGGCCAUGGGAGAGCGCCCGACCCUCGCAUUGAUUUCCCCAGCUGCAUCAGCUCGUAUGGCAGUUGCAGAGUCGCUCAUGAAUCUCGCCGCAGCUGACAUCCUGGACGGCCUCAAACGUGUUGCCUUGUCCGCAAACUGGAUGGCCGCGAGCGGUCAUGAGGGGGAUGGCGCUGCAUUGUACGAAGCCGUCCAUGCCAUCGGUAUGGAUCUGUGCCCGAAGCUGGGAGUGAAAAUUCCCGUGGGCAAAGACUCCAUGUCCAUGAAAAUGAAGUGGUCGGAUCAAGAAAAGGGAGAUGUCACGGAAAUUACCGCGCCUGUCACCGUCGUGAUUACCGCGUUUACGGCCGUCCGGUCGCUGAUGGAUACGUGGACUCCCGCUCUGCGUCGGUUGGAAGACGUCGGAGAAACCGUCUUGCUUUUCGUCGACCUGGCAGCAGGCAAGAAAGCCUUGGGCGGCUCCGCGCUGGCCCAAGUGUUUAAGCAGGUUGGGAACGAAGCACCGGAUGUGCGCGACGCCUUCACCCUCAAGGACUACUUUGCCGCCAUUGAAGAGCUUCAUGAGUCCGGCAUCGUUCUGGCAUACCAUGACCGUUCGGAUGGCGGACUGUUUACGACACUCGCGGAGAUGAUGUUUGCGGGACGUUGUGGACUGGACAUCAACCUUGAAGAGAUAUCCUCCGCCGACCACGGGAGCCUUAUCGAGACCCUUUUCAACGAAGAGCUUGGUGCCGUGUUCCAGGUACGGAAGUCCGAUGAGGUCCGGUUCAACUCCUGCUUUGCAACUUGCGGCCCUCCCAAAGGACUGAUCACACGGAUCGGAAAGACCACGGAGGUCUCGAAACAGAACUUGAGUUUCUUCCGAGGAGCGAGCAUGCUGUACAAAGAAUCCAGGAUUACGCUGCAGCAGCGAUGGGCGUCGACGUCGUACCAUAUCCAAAAGCUGAGAGACAAUCCCGCAUGCGCGGAAGAGGAGUUCGCCAGCUUGGCCGGUUCCAACGACCCUGGCUUGUCGUACAGGCUGACCUUCAACCCGAAGGAUAACAUCUUACCUUUCAAGUCGAUCAUUCCGGCCGCCCUUGUGGCGAGACCCAAGGUUGCCAUCCUUCGCGAGCAAGGUGUGAAUGGCCAAUCCGAGAUGGCGUUUGGAUUCCACGUCGCCGGCUUCCAGGCCGUGGACGUACAUAUGACGGACAUCAUCUCCGGCCGCGUCUCCCUCGCCGCGUUUACAGGUCUCGCCGCGUGCGGUGGGUUCUCCUACGGCGACGUGCUCGGCGCCGGCCGCGGCUGGGCGAUGAGUGUGCUGUUCAACGCCAAGGUGCGACAAGAGUUCAAAGAUUUCUUCGAGCGACAGGAUACCUUCACCCUUGGCGUUUGCAACGGCUGCCAGUUCCUAUCCAGACUGAAGCAUCUCAUUCCUGGAGCGUCCUCCUGGCCGUCGUUCGAGCGGAAUACGAGUGAACAGUAUGAAGCUCGUGUCUGCAUGGUGGAAGUGCUCGAUACCCCGGCGGCGCCCUCGGUAUUCUUCCACGGCAUGAAGGGAUCGAAACUACCCAUCGUCGUGGCCCACGGGGAAGGUCGGGCACAGUUCACGAGGGACUCGUCCCCGCAUUCGCUCUCCCAGGAAGGCUUGGUCCCGCUCCGCUACGUGGACAACUACCUCCACCCCACGGAAAAGUACCCCUAUAACCCGAACGGAAGCCCCAUGGGCAUCGCGGGCGUGCGAUCGCCGGACGGGCGCGUGCUCGCGGUCAUGCCGCACGUGGAACGGACGAUCCUCAAGCCGGUGGCGAGCUGGAUCCCCGACGCGCAAUCGGAGGAUUGGGGCGAUUUCGGUCCGUGGGUGCGGGUCUUCCAGAGCGCACGUCGGUGGGUCGGGUGAUUUUUCUUUACGUCCUGGUCAAAGUUGGAGUGAAAACACAAUCAAAAGUUUUCUAUGCCCUCUUCUAUGCCUUUAUGCGAGCUUCAAGAUAAUGUAGAUUUAGAAUGAAAGCGACUCAGAGCAGCGUCUGCGCACACCGGACAC